UUUUAUAGACUUGUGCUAAUGGCAGCCUUGACAAAUACAUAAUGGCCGUUGCCACCGAACAGUGUAACGCGUACAUGGAACUGUCGUGUGCCAGAAAAGUUUAUUAUUUUAAGUAGAAUUUUUCCUCUCAUGUAGCUUAUGUAUGUUGUUUUCGUUUGCAAAGGAAUAUGACAUUAUGUUCAGAACUAAAAUCAUGUUGAAGGAAGUGUGAAAAAACGGAAAUUCGCGAGAAGAAAACACGGGUGGCAAAACCGCGUUCGCGGAGGGUACAAAUCAACUACAGUAUCUGUGAAACCAUAAGUGUAGUGUAUGUGACAUCAAACAAAAUUAAAACUUGAAGCAGUUUUGAAUUACAUAUAUAGUGCAAAUGUAAAAUGUCCUGAUAUUAGUGUUCUAAAUAAUUGAAAAUUUCAAGUAUGUACCAAUAUUACUUGGAGUUGGGAUAAUACACAAUAAUUUAAUAUUUAUGGAGUGAUAUUUGGAAGUGUUUUAUAUGCAUAAUUUCUAAUGUAAUGUCAUGGAAAAAUGUAGUUCAAUUGUGUUUAUACAUGGAUGUAAUCUUGUCACAAAUGUUCUUUAAAGAUAAGUCAAAAUACUUUCAAAAUGCUAGUGUACAGUUAUUCUUUAAUGGAUAAUGUAGUUCGAAAAAGAACUACCUACUAUGUACAAGAAAUUAAUAUUCAAACAUGGUUAUUAUUGAAGUAUGAUAUUAGAAACAAAUAUCAACAAACCAUAUAAACAUACAUAUUUGGAGAAAGCAAAACAGUGUUGCCUAAAUAAAGGGUAAUAUACGAAGUUACAUGCAUGACAGGAAUAGGAGACGUAGGUCGCAGACGCGUUGAGUGGCGCCGUAGCGCAAAUACAACUUCUCCAGUCACUGAAUUAUAAUUUAUGAGUGGAGUGUAUAAAAGGAAGCACAGAUAAGCUGAAAAGGUGGCUAGACGCUGCCCAGAGUAAAGAGGGGCUGCGUGGGCAUGCAGCAGCCUCAGUCACGCCCUCUUCUCGGGGACUCAGUAUCCUCUACAACUUCCCCGACUGCUCGGCGUAGCAAUCCCGUUGCUGUAUUGACACAUCAACAAUUGCAACAGUUACAGCAACUGCAGGCUCAAAAUUCGAGUGGUCAAUCACUGACGUUCGCUUUGCAACAAGCAUCAAAUAAUCCACAAGACCAAGGAAAUGGGUCAACAACUGGAAAUCACAUAGUAUAUGUAAACCAGUUAAACCAUUUAAAUCAGGGUACCAUAAAUCCCUCGGGGACUGGUAUGGGCCUACCCCCGGCCACCCCCACUUUUGGGGUGGGCCUUAAUAUGGGAUUGCCACUAUCACUUCUAAAUACCAGCCUUACAUCCCUUACAUCUAAUGUUAUCACAACAUCAAAUCCUUUGCUUAAUUUGGGCCUGCCAAGUAUAAAUACAGGACUAACUACAAUAAAUCCUAGCCUGAAUCACUUGAACGCUAUAAACUCUAAUUUAACCCCGAAUAUUGGUUCAAGCAGUAUUAAUAAUGGUUUAUCUGGUUUGGGACAGGAUUUAAACAGUAUAAAUACUGGAAUUAAUAGACUCAAUACAUUAAAUUCAACGAAUAUAAGUUCUGGAUUGUCCAGUGUAAAUACUGGAAUUAAUAAUGUAAAUCCGAAUUUGACAAGUUUGAAUUCGAACAUAAACCAGAAUCUUACCAGUUUGAGCACAAACUUUACUUCUCCAAGUUCUGGUGUAUCUGGUUUAACUGCUAUAAAUCCAACUAUAAAUGCAAAUUUAACUACUACCAGUAUAAAUUCUGGUAUUACUCAAGGUCUCAAUCGACCCGUUAAUGCUUUAACAACUGGAUUGACUCAAACUAGUCUAAACUCCAGUAGUACACAAUUUCCAUUCCAAGCUAUACAAAGUAUACAAAGCAUUGCACCACACAUCGUUGGGUCAAAUAUUGCACAUGUACCAAGUUCUGCUAUAUCGCAGCACCCGAAUUCAAACGUUUCUACUAUUUCACAAAUAUCAAAUAGUGGUACUUUGACAAGUUCUAGUAUAUUCACUAGUACGUCAAGUGAGCCAAUUCAUUCGACCACAACAAAUGUGAAUCACGGUUCAAACGUGAAUCUCACUACGAAUAUUCCACAUCUUGGUACAAUGCACUCUAAUUUAUCUAAUGUGUCAACAUCUAACGUGCAGCAUAUAUCUGCAUCAAAUGAACCGAACAUGCCACUGAAUCAUAGUUCUUCUUUAAGUUCCUCUCAAUCAACUGGAUUUCAACCACAACGACAGUAUUCACAGGGAAUUAAUCCUGGUUUAAGCUCGUCGGUAACAUUGACGGGCUCGUCUCAACCAUCGAACGUGGCCAGUACAAUAAAUACUGUGAAAUCCAUGCAAAAUAUUCAGAGUCAAAAUAUCAGCUCUCCGAGUAGCCCGUUUUCAAUACCAUUAAAAAGUCCGGCAUCUAAUAUCGCUCCACCUACACCGAGUCCUAGUCCUAACAGACUGUUACUUAGAAGUCCAGCAUCAAAUUCAAUACAAUCUAACAGAAACAGUCCAAGUCCUGUUGGGACAUCAACUUCAAAUAAUUUUAAUAUACAAAUGCAAAGUCCAAUGCAGAGUCCAAUGAGUCAAAUACAAAGUCCUGUACUUAGUCCGUAUCCUCCUGCAAAAAGUCCUCACCUAUUGAGUGGGAAUAACUCUUUAAACAAUAGAAGUCCAGCACCUGGCGGUAGUCCUGGUCCACCUGUGGUUAGACCAAAUACACCAAUACUUCAACAAGGUAUGCAAGUACUGCAAAUUAUUCAUGGUACACCGCAGGGAUAUCAAUCAACACCAACUCAGUUAGUAACUAGAACACAUUUAAUUGGAAAUCAACAAAUUCAAAUAGCAGCAACUAAACCAGCAAAACAGCCACCACAAAUUUUACCAAAACCUCCAAAUCAACAUCCAGCUACUGGAUCGCAACAAAAACAGCAACGUGUUACUACUACGAUUACAAAUCAAGUAACACAGCAAACUCAACCACAAUUGGUUCUUGCUGGUCCUCAACCAAAUCCUACAACAGCUACAAUGAUACCAACGGCACAAGGUCUACUGUUAAACCAGGUUUUGCCGUCAACUGGACCUGUUAUUGUACAGCAACAACCAGGUGGUGUUCAACUUAUACUAAGGACGCCAGCGAGCGCCCAACAACAAACGCAUACUGCACAGCUAACACAGCAGCAGUUAGUAAGGGUUGUUACAGCACAAGGUAUGCAGUUACAAGGCAUUACACCUACGUUUUUUGCUGUACCUAAUGGUUUUCCUCCAGCUGCUUCUCCAGUAAUUAGACAUACCCCCUCUAGUCCUGCACCUUCUGCUAAUUCAGGGACUGGCAAUCCUAUAGUGAUUCAAAAUGCAAUGGUACAAAGUCCUCAGCCACAGAUUUCACAAGUAGGUUCGAGUGCUAAUACCAGUAAUACUCCAUGCUCGCAAACUGUUGUUGAACAGACUUUAUUACCACCUCCUAAGAAGAAAGCAAAAAAGAAAAAGAAAGCAAAACGGAAAGAUGAUGAACCACCGAAAUUGGACCUUGCUAGUAUAAUGAAAAUAUCGGGAAUUGGAGACGACGAUGAUAUUUUUGAUACUGACCUUACAACCGAAUCAGACGUUCCCUGUCAAGUUCAAGUCGAAUCGAAUACAGGGCAAAAUCUGGGACAACUUUCAUCCCAGCUAACAAUACCUAAUAGUUCUGCCCAGAAUCUGAUACAAGUACCUGCACCAAAUACAACGAAUACACAAUCUUCUGUGUCCCAAACAUUUAAUAGUCAUCUCGUUACCCAACUUCAGAUGCCUGUGCAGAACACGAUACAGGGCCAACUGCGAUUUGCUGUUGGAGAAGAUGGAAGAGUUGUUUUACACCGUACUCCAGAAUUAAAUCAACCUGAAAUGGAUCAAGCAACUGCUCAAGCAUUAAUACGAUCGUUAACACAGGGUGGCGGACAAAAUUCACCGAUUAUUUCUCAUCUUCUUGGACAAGCGCAAACGACCUCACAAUCUACACAGAGUACUGUUUUACAGCGGCAAAAAUUCGUUAAAUCACCUUCAUCAUCCAGUGUUUCAACGGUUACUACUACGGUAACUCCUGCAGGUUCACAAAGUGUUACUUGUGCUACUAGUCCACAGCAUGUGCAAAUAUGCUCAAAAUCAAAUAAUCAGCAGAAAAGUGUAAAUGUUCCUCAAGAAUCCAAUCCUGUGUUAAAUGUUUGUGUCCAAAGCAACCUUGCAUCGUUACAAACAUUGGAUAUGCAAGCAUCAAAAAGUAUUAAUGUGCAAAGUCUUACACCGAUAUCAAAAACUAAUCAAUCGUCUAAUUCUAGCCUUCCGCAACUAAACAGUAACGUUUUAACAUCUGAUGUAUUAUCAUCGAAACCUUCCCAUGCGACGUUCAGUGUACAGAACUCUCGAUUGGCUAACACGAGCCAAGCAAGUAGUAAUCAACAAAAUUCUAAUGUUUCCACACAAAAAUCUAGUCAAGUGCGACUUACAAGUGUAACCACGAACGUGCGACAAAAUUUAAAUAAAAUAUCUCAAGGUGGUGUUCAUGUUUCAAAAUCUUUGCCAAAUAGUUUAACUAUACAAGGUGAACAUAACAUAACAAAAAAUAAUCAAAAUCCACAAGAGUCUAUAACGUUACAACAAGAAACGCCAAUAUAUCAGCAUAAUCAACAGCAGCAAGUAACAGCACAGACUGUACAAACGCAAAACGUUCAACAUGUUUUUGAACAAAAUCUUCAAUCAUCUGGAUCAAAUGCUCAGCAUAAUUCUGUAAACAUGUUGCAACAACAAAGUUCUUGUAAUACUAUGCAACAUGAUACUAUGAAUGUUUUACAACAUUCUAGCAUACAACAAAAUACAAUUAAUGUUUUGCAACAAAACGCAGCUGGUAAUGUACAAAAUAUUGAACAAAAUUUACAGCCUGGUAUCAGUGAUGUGGCUCAGGCACAACAGAAUGUUGCUACAAGUAUGCAACAGCAAAAUACAUCAGCUGUUUUGCAUAAUGCAAGUGUACAACAAAAUGUGAACGUACAACAACAGAAAGUUGUUGCUGCAAACACAUUUUCUUCUGUAAAUGCACACCAGUUUGAGUCUCAAAACGCAGUGAAUGCUAUGCAACAAGGUUUAAGUACACAACAAAAUAAUCAGCAUCAGAAUAUUGUUAUUACUAAUGCCCCCCCUUCCAAUACCAUACAGCAAAACGAAUCUCAAAAGGUAGAGAACCAAAGUACAACAAUGCUUAAUUCAGCGGCAAAUAACAUAUUAAAUAAUGCACCAAAAAUUACGCCGGAAAUUUUAAAUGCAUUAAGUAAUUUAAAUCCUAAUGAUCAAUUGUUAAUUGCAAACGCUAAUGGACAAAUGCAAGUAAUUAGUCAGCAGUUGUUGCAACAAUUUCUAGCAGGACAGUUAAAUGCAACUAAUCAGGUACAAAAUCAGAACCAAACUCAAAAGAUCGUGAUUGGUGAGCCAGAUGCAAAUAAUCAGAAUUUACAAGGUGUACAAAUUAAUACUCCGACGAGUCAAAUAAUUGUAAAUAGUUCUGGAGGAGCCCCAACUAUUCAAAAUAAUAUACAAAACAUUGUGGUACAAGCUGCCCCAUCUCAAAUGCCGCAACACAUACAGAUUCAAAAUUCCAAUUUCCCUAGUCAAUUUAUUGACAAUCUAAAUCAACAACAAAUCAGAAAUUUAGGUACCAGUCAACCAAAGAAGACAAAAAUUGUUAAAAAAACGAAAACUGUUGUUACUUCUCAAAAUGCAGGAAAUACCCAGGUGACAAAAACGGUUACGGUGACUCGCCCAACAAUGAUAUCAACAAAUACAUCAAAUUUCCAGAAAGCUGAUAAUUCUAGUAAAGCAAACACUGUAACAUCUCAAAGUACAAAUCCAGUUAAGAGUGAAUCUUCUCAAAUUGUCACAAAUGGUCCUGUACUUCCACCUUCUCCCGGAGGUCAUUUGUCCAUUCCUUCAAAUGGUCAAAUGGUACAAAGAGUUCAGACUAUUCAGCUUCCUGCUCCAAAGCAACAAUUGCUGAAAAAUAUACAGUCUCAGAUACAAGCUAUACUAGCUCGUAAAUCGGGCUCACAACCUGAUCAAACAGUUUUGACAAAAUUAUAUCAAGAACAAUCGAAAAUUUUAGCGAGUGGAAAAGUUGUUAGUACCACAACACAUUCCGUUAGUAGCGGUUCGGAAACAAGUUUUAAUGUGAAUGCAGUUUCAACAAUAGCAUCAAACUUAAUGUCUCAAAAUUCUUAUAAAAAUCAGACAUCUGCUGUACAAACUCAAACGCAAACAUCUACUACUGUUCUAGCUUCUCAAACCUUAAAUUCAAACACACCAACAACUGUUCAAAAUAAUACACCAAGCAAUUAUAUGAAUAGUCUUACGAUACCACAAAAUGUGCAAGGACAGCAAUGUGUACAAAAUAAUCAGAAUGUACACCAAACGCACACAAAACAGCACAAGAUUUAUCAGAAUCAUGGAAACCAGAUAUUAAGUCCGUCCUCUGCCAAUAUGCAAAUUUUCUCACCACCUAUUACCUCUAUAACUACCGUGCAGAGUAACGCACAACAGUUAACUACAGUUCAAACUCAGCAAACAGGAAUGCAACAAUCAACGCAAUGUCAGACAGAUCCAUUAGACAUUAAACCAAAUAUACCGAUAUCAAGUCCCGUAAAACAAGAACUUUCUUCACCUAUUCAAGUACAAGUUCAAAGCGGCUCUCCUGCAGGACAGGUGGCCUCGCCUAGGAUGAUUGGUAAAGGACCACAAAGAAUUCAAAGUCCCGUAAAUACCAAUAGUAAUCUCAAUAAACAGAGUGUUAGUCCGGGCAGUAAUUCAAGUCCUUUAGUAAGUCCAAGACAAGCUGUAAAAAGACCCGCAACUAGCCCAAUUUGCAGACAAAUUAAUCGUAGUGAUUUAUUAGAACAGCAGUUGAAAAUUGAUCAAAACGGUGCGAUAAAUCCAGAUGUGAAUACACCAUUUUUGAGUAAACGCGAUGCUUGUAAACGUCUUGUAAGGUAUCACUGUUUAAAUGAACAAGUACUUAGUUCUAAGGAUUUGGCAAAAGCCGAUGAGAUAUUUGAAGAAACUGCAAAACAUUUAUUAUCUAAAUUUAACUCUAUGAUGAACAAAUACACUUACCUUCUUCUGAUGGAGAGCAUGCGGGAAGUGAGGACAUCAGAAUUGAUGAUGAUUGAUAGAACUUUUGUUGCUGAAGAACAGAGUAUAUUAAAUAGGUUACGAGAACAAGAGGCUAAAGUUAAUGAAGAGUUCAAAAAGGAGGAAAAGCCAUUGGUGCCAAAGGUUGAACCUGGUCUUGCAGAAGAGGAUAAAUUAUCAUCAUCAUUAACUAAUGUAUCUGUAAAACGUGAAUUAGAAGAUGAUUUCCCGAGUGAUGAAAUGGAAUGUAAACCAGUGAUCAAAUCAGCAAGUUGUACUAGUGGUGAUUACGACGAAUGGUUAGAAAUCCAAAAAGAACUUGGUGUAUAUCCAUCUACCACAGACUCAUUUAAAUGUAAAAAUAGUAAUAAUAGUGGUAAUAAUAGUGCGUCUGCUGUGGCUGUUACAAGGUCCUCCAAAACUGAAAGAACACGAGCGAAUGGUGAAUGUCGUACAAAUGUACCAGGUGCAAGUGUUUCUGGAGUUCAACAUACCGUUAUAAAAGACAAUUGCGAACAAGAUAAUACUCCAGUUUUUGAAAGACGCUGGAGUUGUGCUCCUGAUCUCGAACGAGAUUUGUUAGAAGAUGCUGACAGCCUAGAUGGACUGGCCUUACAUUCUCAAACGCAAUGCCCAGGCUCUCUUGUAACUACUGAAAGUGGAAACGGUAAUGAACAUGAUGAUAUUACCGCACAGGUACAGUCUGCAAUUGACAGCAUUCUUAAUCUUAAAAAACGUCCUACAAAUACAUUACCCGGCAGUAAUGGUAAUAGUGCAUCACAGUCCAGUGAAUCUAAGGACACAGUGCUUGAUCAAGCAGUCCGCAGCAUUUUAGGCUCGUGACCCUCCUUUAAUAAAGUAUUUUAAACAAGUGAAGUUAAAUGGUGAACAUCAUACUAGUUGUUCAUUUUGAAAAUUUUAAAAGAACGACGUAUCUUUUUGGUGAUUUUUGUGGUUAAUGUGAAUAAUAUAAAAAACUACGUUUUACAUUAAGAACACAAUGUUAUCUUUGGUAAUGCAUAUCUGAAAUCAUGCAGAUUGUUAAAUUAUUUGUACAAAUCCUACAGCCUUAAUUUCAUUUAUAUAUAAAUUAAAACAGACUAACUGGAUUAU